AUGCAGCAAUGGGUUGAAUUCCGCCGCAGGGCCAGCCCACUCUCUACCCUGAAGAAUUCAAGGACAAAGUCCACAGCAGGUAUCCAAACACUCAAGCUGAGAGUUGGCGGGUCGAACAUAUUCCAAGCUUUUUGGGUGGCAUGUUGCGAGUGUAAAGAUUUGGCUUUAAAUCUGGGAAAGUGUAUCGACCUAUGUUACUUUUAA